AUGAGUGGUCUUGCUCGUGAAAUCAUGGACUAUGUCAAAGUGAAGGACCGAACGUCGAAGCUAGAGCUUUUGGUGGUCUGUCCACACCCACUGUUGAUCACGGCACCCGUAGAAGAUGGUGUCCAGGUUUGGAAAGUGGAGUUACUCAACGCCUAUGGGCAGCAGACUGGAGAGCUACUCUCCUAUGGAACGGAAAACAUUGACGCCGUCGUCGCCCUGAUCUUCGGCAAAGGCGGAUCCAACUUCCCAAACCUGCAGUGCCGAUUUGUCGCGACGAAGAAGCGAAUCUCUAGCUGGAGCGUCAAACCGGAAUGGGAUGUAUCCACCAAACUUGAAAUCAUCAAAGGCGCUGUGAAGACUGUCCUCGCCGAGUGA